CAACUUCCGGUCAGCUGAUAGUGAAUCAUCGGUGUUUGCAAACAGAACUACUGUGGCUUCAUGCCUGCACCGUCCAGUGACACCACACACCGCCGCGGUCAUGGGAGAAAAUGAUGGAAGCGAAAUAAUCGAGCACCACGAUGACGAGGAGAUGGAGAAGAGACGGACGCCGAGGAAUCACUCCCAUUCCUUUCUGGAAAGCGUCUCGUCGUCGGAGAGGGACGGACACAGCAGCACGCAGUCCUCACACCGCCUGCUCGCCUACAGUGAUGCGCUCAUCUCUAUCAUCGCCACUGUAAUGAUACUGCCUGUUGCACAUACAAAAUUUCAGGAUAAUGAGGAACUGAAACAGAGUAUUCAAGCUUUGCUCACCACCAAGGUUGCUGUCUACUUGAUGACUUUUUUGAUUGUCACUGUUGCUUGGGCUGCACAUAUCCGGUUGUUUCAAGUCAUUGAACGCAUUGAUGACAAUCUUGCACUGCUUAACUUGGCAUGUAUGAUGCUUAUAACCUUUCUACCAUACACAUUCUCUCUCAUGGCAACAUUCCCUAAUUAUAUUCUUGGCAUCCUCCUCUUCUGUGCUUGUGUCAUGGUGAUCGGUUUAAUUCAGUGCUUGAUUGUCUUGUAUGGAUUCAGCCGUCCUUUCCUCCUCAAUGACCAGAUCCAAAUGUCUGAGAAUCAGGCUUAUUACAAGCAGCACAUCCUCAAAGUCAUCGUGAAGGUUCCUAUCAUGUGCCUGUUUGCCAGCAUUUUUUCAGUCAUCUUCUUCCAAUUGUCCUACGUCAUUUUGGCUAUUGUCAUAUUCCUGCCCUACAUCUCUGGGUGUUUAAAAUGGAUCCGGAAUAAAGCCAUCGGUGGUCAGGUGGAAGACAGUCCAGAUUCAGUGCUCUUCUACACCUAUCAGCCCAAUGAACCUUUGAGUAAAGAGCGAGUGGAGGCGUUCAGCGAUGGGGUGUACGCAAUCGUAGCUACGCUGCUCAUCUUAGACAUUUGUGAAGACAACGUGCCUGAUCCGUCUAUGGUGAAAAAGGAGUUCAACAACAGCCUUGUUACUGCGCUCCAGCAGUACGGCCCAGAGUAUCUGGCUUACUUCGGUUCCUUCGCCACAGUUGGGCUGCUUUGGUUCGUUCAUCACUCUCUCUUCCUGCACGUGAUAAAGGCCAAUCGCCUCAUGGGCCUCUUCAACACGUUCUCCCUAGCCUUCGUGGGUGGCCUGCCACUCGCCUACCAGCUCACGCACGAGUUUCCCAGAGGCUCCCGCAAUGAGCUGGAGGCCGUGCAGAUCAGCUGCGUCAUAAUCUUCUUCGCCGGUCUGUUCCAGCUAGCGAUAUGGGUGGUGGCGCUUUUCACAGAGCGUGAGACGUUGCACCCGUACGUACGCUAUGGCGGUCGAGAGCACACCUUUAUGCUAGCCAAGCUCUCGCUCUACCCCUGCGUGGCACUCGGGACCUUCUUUCUUACCUGCAUCCUGAGCCGCUUCAGCGCGUCCAUCUUUCACAUGAUGGAGAUAGGUGUACCGUUCGCUUUUCUUUUACUGAGGCUUCUGGUCCGUGUGGCGCUGGCGCUACUCAGAUGGCUCUUCUGUUCUGCAAGGAAUGAUUUGGACAAUGUUCCAGUAGUGGAGGAGGACUCACAGUUGCCUAUUAUCGAUGUAGUGACUUAGCAGUGAACGAAGAAAGAAACACCUUGAUGUUUGACCUAAGAUCAAGGUUAGGCUAGCUUUCCAGCGCCAUUGUUUAUAAUUAAUGCUGCAACUGACAGCUUUGUGCUGUAUAAGGCAUCCAUAUCGGUCAGAUCUCUCCAGUCAUUUAGCAUAAUAGACAAUGGAAAUGAUUGAUGUAGUGUGAUAAGCGCUUGGUCUUCAUCAUGAUGAGUCUUCAAUGUCGUAGGAUGUGGAAGAGAUUUUUUUUUUUUUUUUUCUAAUUACAGAAAUGCACAGAGGUUUUUAAGCAUCUUACAGUUUUUAUUAGCAUGCUAAAACAUUGUCUUUGUUUUUAUGUUCAUAUUUUAAUGUGAGGUUUUCACUUAAUUCAAACAGUAAGAACUACAAAAAGAACUACAGAGAUUUUAAGACCAGGAUAUGUUAUGUUGGUUUUAGUUACUACUAUAGUUUUAUUACUAUCAUUUUUUAAUUAGUUAAUUAUUUUGACUUUUGUACUGAGCUUCUUGCGAUGUAAAUACGAUCACAUAUAAAGAGCUGGAGUUGGGAGGAGAGUAGAUUUGCAGCCUGUAGGAUUGUGUUGUUUUUUUUAGGUUUUGUGGUUUAAUGGUGGCUUCCUAUUCUGAUGGAGCUGUGAUUCAGGUCUCGGCUGCUUCUGGUGGCAGAAAUCCUUCAUAUAGCUGCAUAAACGUCCAAAACGUCAUGCAUUAGGUUGAGUUGAAUGCUCUGUCAAUGUUUUGUAAUGCUCUAAAUCUGUUCAUUUCAUGUGACAAUGAAACCAGUGAUGCACCUUAGACAAAAUAAUGUUGCACUUUAAAGGCUGAUCUGGAUGGAGCAUGUAGAGAUCAUGAAAAUCAAGAUGCAUAAGCCAUUAUAAGAUGUUUUGAUUGUUUUUUGUUUGUGGUGUUUGAGAUUUACUUUUUGUUUGUAUUUUAUAUAAAUGUUAUUACCAUACUGACUGCAAGAUGUUAUAUGUAAAAUGCACUUGUCGAACAUAUUAAUUGCCAUUUUCAUUGUUGUUGUUGUUGAUGACUAACAGUCUGUAAGCAGUCUGCUUUGGUUUUUUGUUUUUUUGAAUCAGCUGUCAGUUAAAAUGUUACUGUUUAACAACAAACAAAGAUGUAAUUUUGAGAAUAAACUCUCAAUUGCUGCUUGCAGAAAUACUUUACUCUUGGUGGAAACUGAAAUCAUGUAAUAAAUGUGACCACAGUGAGAGUAGGUCAAAAGUGAAGUUUAUUCACCAAGUGUAGCAUUUCAUUAUUAAUAAUAACAACAUAUAAUAAUAAUAAUUCUUACUUUUUCCCAGUAUUGCCCAUAAUUUGUUACUUUGUCUUUUGGUAAAUAUCUACUUAAAAUAAAACUUAGAUUUAUAUUUAAAAAAAAAAAAA